CCGGAUAAAUAUGCGCGCACGCAAAAAAAAAAAACUGCGCAUUUUAGUGAGCUAUUGCUUAUCAACAAGACAAAACUAAACAAAAAACUUGUGCAAAACAAGUGUGGCGAAAAACCUGGAAGAUCUGGAAGAUCAGUUGAAUAUUUCUCCUCCGGCGUUUGGCAAAGUGGUCUCUGGCAGCCGGCUUAGUCCAUUUGCUAUUAAUCAAGUGUGAAAGUGACGGCUUCAUGUGUUUAGAGAACGAGCGGAGUUGGACCUGAUGCUCGCUCGCAUGAGAUCGCCAUCCAGGGGCUGAAGAGGCUUGGUCUAAAGCAAUGAGGCUUGUUAGAGGCAGGGGGAAAGAGAAAAAAAGAAAGGAGGGGGAUUGUUAGCGAAUGUCUCUGCGCAAAAGUGUCAGUGGAAGAGAAAGAGAGAGAGGGAGGACUGGAGCCCGGCAGCACCAGCUCUCCUUUUCUGACUACACCCGAGAGGAGGAGCGUGAGGAGGCGACCUAGUGGGCGUCAGAAUCCUCAAUUUUCAACUUAGCAUCCUGGCAGGGCACUCGGCCGAGCAAAAGCCCCGUCCAGGAGCGCGCAAAAAAAUACGCAAAACUUUUAUCGGCAUGAGAGACGCGACGCGGAGAGAAGAAAUCCACUCGGAACGGACGAGCCUCGAAAAGUCGACUGCGAGCGGAGAGAAGUGAGAGGAGAGUCCGGGUGAAGUCUAUGCAUUCGACGCUUGUUCUGAUAUCCAGUGCGCGAAAGGAACGGACGCGCGCUUUGCUCAUCCGGGACUCUAUGUUCGCCUGCGAGAGUGAAAAACAAACUUAAAAAGGGGGAAGAGAAGGAAAAGGGAUUUAUCAAGUGCGCAGCGAGAGAAGCGCGUCCACCGGGGUUCGAGCAUGGCGUACCCUCAGGGCUACUUGUACCAACCGUCCGCCUCGCUGGCACUCUACUCGUGUCCCGCGUACAGCACGAGUUUGAUCUCGGGGCCGCGCACCGAGGAGCUGGGCAGGUCGUCGUCGGGCUCGGCUUUUGCGCCCUACGCCGGAUCUACUGCGUUCAGCGGAGCCUCGGCUGCCUACAGCUCGCAUCUGCCGUACGGAGCCGACGCCGCCGCGGCCGCGGCCACUUUCACUUCAUACGUGAGUUCGCCCUAUGACCACACGACGGGCAUGGCGGGUUCAAUCGGCUACCACCCGUACGCGGCUCCGCUGGGUUCUUACCCGUACGGUGACCCAGCCUACCGUAAAAACGCGACCCGGGACGCCACGGCUACUUUAAAGGCCUGGCUCAGCGAGCACCGCAAGAACCCCUACCCCACCAAGGGGGAGAAGAUUAUGUUGGCCAUCAUUACAAAAAUGACCCUGACCCAAGUGUCCACCUGGUUCGCCAACGCCCGGAGGAGACUGAAGAAGGAGAACAAGAUGACCUGGACGCCGCGCAACAGGAGCGAGGACGAGGAGGAGGACGAGAACAUCGACCUGGAAAAGAACGACGACGACGAGCCUAGCAAGCCCAUGGAGAAAGGGGACUCGACAGAUACAGAGACAGAUCCCAAAAUCCUUCACACAGCCGAAGCCCAGUGCGACAGAUUCCAAGAGGACCCCCACGUCAAGGACUCGGACCCUUUGCUCAGUGACUCGGACUUUAAGGAGGUGGAGGAGGAGCCCCCCAAAGCCACCACGUCGUCCCCGCCGCUAAUUCAGCGGCCUCUGGAGCUCAGCGCGCACGACCGGGGGCAGGAAGUGGCGCACCCCGCCGGUGCGGUCAAUCACAGCAACGCCACGUCCGUUAUCCACCCUCCCGCGUCCGUGACCAAGCCUAAACUGUGGUCCCUGGCGGAAAUAGCCACGUCGUCGGACAGGUGCAGGGGGAGCGGGAGCAGCGAGGCGGCGGCGGGAGCGGCCCCCAGCACGGCAGCGUCGCCCAGCCGGACCACGACGCAGUGCGCGCUCCCUAGCGGCGCUCUCAUCUCCCGGCCCCUGUACUACACGUCCCCGUUUUACGCGGGCUACACGAACUACGGCUCUUUCAGCCACCUGCACGGCACCCACGGUACCGUCUCCAGCCCCGCCAGCACCACGCACUUCAACGGAAUUAACGCGAGUGUUUUGAACCGGGCCGAGGCCCUGGCGCGGGAGAGCAAAGCCCGGAGCCAGGCGCAGGUAGACCUUUGCAAAGACUCCCCAUAUGAACUCAAGAAAGGUAUGUCCAACAUUUAAUUGGCGCAAUCCGCGCCCUCACGGACUAUUAUUUAUUAUGUGUGGUUGCUUAUAAAGAAAGAAGACGAGGACGAAUAAUUAUAAUAAUAAUUAAUAAUAAUAAUAAUAAUAAUGAAAGAGAGAGAGAGAGAGAGAUUUUCCCAGGACAGAUAUUUUCUGAGUAAAUGCUUAUCCACAAAUCUUAGUUUCUGAAUGGUUCAUCAAGAUGUAACAUCUAAGAAUUGUCUUAAAUCGCUGCAGCCGCCUGAGUCUAUUUGUAUUAAAGACUAAUAUGUAUAUUUAAUGUAGCAUUUUUGUAUUUAAAAAAUGGACA